GCGGAAAAUCGUUGGCGUGGGGAGAAGUUCUUUUUGGGGUAUAUUUAUUUUGAACUACAAUUAGUUGCCAGUAUUUAAUUGAAGCAGCCCCAUCAGCUAGCUUGUAAAAUGCUCUAGAGUUCGCUUUGCAGCGCCGCGUUCAUUGAUUGCUUCGAAUUUAGUUCCGGUGGCCUAUAAUCCGAUGGAUUUUCGCGGACUUCUCGCCUGAGACAGACAGCGCGACGUCGGACAUAAAUAAAAAGCUGUGGGUGGUGGUGGCAGGUGGGUGGUGCUUUUCUGCUGGAGCCCUAGGAACCGCUUGGAGGGAAACCGCCAGCCAGCCCCAGAAGGGCCAUAAAAUCUAGUUUCCAGACAGCUCAAUACCCAACCGCAAAGCGAAACGCACAGGAAGGAUGAAAAUCCAUUUUCGGGAACAGUACGGGAGGAAGGGCGAGGAAAUCCUCUAUGUGACGCCAGCAGAUCAAAGCAACAUUGUGAGAGUCCCCCUGCGCGGCGAUAAGCUGGUCAUCCAGGAGAAGUUUCUGCUGUUCCGGGUGCUGCAGAAGGUCUUCCUGCCCAAGGGCUAUCCGGACAGUGUGAGCGAGGACUAUGCUGCCUAUCAGAUCUGGGACACGGCCCAGGCGUUUUGCAGCACCAUCUGCGGAACCCUCUGCACGCAUGCCAUCUUGAAGGGGAUCGGCGUGGGGAGCGAGAACAUCAAUGCGUACUCCGCCACAGUCACCUGGAUUUUGAAGGAGGGCAGCGGACAUGUGGGCCGGAUACUGUUCGCCUGGUGGCAGGGCUCACAACUGGAUGUGGACUCAAAGAAGUGGCGACUGAGGGCGGAUUUCCUCAACGAUCUGGCCAUGGGCAUUGAAAUCUACGUGCUUCCCAAGUAUCCGCAUUUUGGCACCCAAAUCCUGUGCUGCUCCACCAUGCUCAAGGCGGUUGUGGGAGUGGCCGGAGGGGCUACAAGAUCGGCUUUGACGCAGCAUCAUGCAUUAAGGGGCAAUCUGGCGGAUGUGGCCUCCAAGGAUAGUUCGCAGGAGACGUGCGUGAAUCUGGUGGCCUCCUUUGUGGGACUAUAUCUCCUCACACUGAUCAAGAGCCAGGCUGUCCUAUACACCGUAUUCUACGUAGUGGUCAGUCUGCAUCUGUACGCUAAUCUUAAGGCGGUAAGGGCGGUUUGCCUGCGAAGUUUCAACGAGUCGCGCUAUUUGAUUGCCCUGGAAGAGUUCUUCCGGUCAUCCAGGAUGCUCAGUCCGCAGCAGGUCAACGCGAUGGAACGAGUCACAGUUGGAAAGACGGUUUCUGUUUCGCUGAACAUAAAGCUGGGACUGAGCGUAAAGAACCUGAUUGAUGAGUAUAAGAGCAGCAGCGUAAUCGAAAACAUUGUAUCCUCUUUCGAUCCCCACGAGCACUUUAUCAUUGCCGAGACAAAAAAAUGCUUGGGUGUAUAUCUGCACUUUGAAACGCGACCGCAGGAUGUACUCAAGGCGUACUUCUUUGCAGUGUCCUACCUGCAGGACAGAAAUCAGAUAAAGGAGAAGUACUGGGACAUACAGACCAAGUGGCAGGAGUUUUUGGCACUGGCGCAGCAGGAGGGUUGGCUCAUCCAUCAGCACCUGCUAUUGGUGGACGAAUUCCGUUUGGACUGGAAGGUGUAGAACGAUGCUGACUUCGGUUGCUUGACUUAAACCUGAUUUGCUUGCUUUGACCUGAUCAAUUAAUUUCACUUUGACUUCACUAUCAUUCUCACAUAUCUCACAUGGCUACCAUAGAGCAAAAGCAAAAACAUUGAUAUUAACUAAGUGCUAUUGAUAACUACCUAGAUUUAGCUUUGUGAAACUCGUUCGCACCUGAACAUCUUCCAACUAACUCUGCCUUAGCACAAAGUAAUGUUUGUAACCGAUAUUUGAUAAGAUAUUUUACCCCUGCUUAAGCCCA